CUCACUUUUUUUUUCCUUUAUCACUUUCAAGUACACACUUACACCCCACUCUUUAUAUAUACACAUGUCAGCCACAGAGUCUUGGGAAUACCCUGAACACAAGCAGUUUGAACGGUAGAUUGUUGAUGAUGUAUACAGCCUUUAUUGACAUGUAUAUUUAUAGUGUCCCUACAUUGGAUCAAGUUGAUCCUUCUGACCGUAAAGCCAUCUUUGCUGCCCGUAACCAAAAGAUUCGUGACGACUGGGUUAAGGCUAUGGAAGCCCGUAUUAUCAAGGAAAAGUUAGACGAAUGUUAUAGAACUGAAGGUGUCAACCACUGUAAACCAAUCUUGUCGCCACUUAGCUGACAUGUAUUUUGAAGCUCUCAAGAACAACAAAGUUA